AUGGCCCUGCAGCUUGUUCGCAGUCCCAUGCACACAGAUAUCACCAAUCCCGCUGCCCCUGCGCUGUUUGUGCGACUCGUUGCAGAUGCAGGAACAUACUUUGAAAAACUCCCUGAAAAGCUCCAUUCACUGCAGGAAGAAGUGGAUGUGCUAGCAUCACGAGAUGCAUCCGUGUGGGUACCCGUGCAGCACGCAUUAUCUGCCUUGCGUACGCCGACAGAGACCUUUGCCUCGCCGCGACCUGUGCCUCGUACGCAGGCACAUGAUGUAUGGGAUGGACGAGCAGCUUAUACGUAUACACUUGCAAUAGCAAGUGCAGUACAGCAGCUCCACGCAGGAGAGGGGGGGCGACCCAUGAUCCCACCCGUGCCAGAGCCCGAGCCCGAGACAAUUUUGCUAGUGCACGCGCUUGCGGGCGGCACACUACCUUGGGACAGUAAAUGUGCGAUAACACAUGCGCUCUUGGAAACGCGCCUAGCCUACGCAAAUUCUGAUCUUGGUGAUGUACGCCUUGCUUUUUAUGCAGAGCUCCUCGUUGCGAUGGCGCACGCCGCUUGCAUAUGCUUACAAGCCGACACCGAGACGGGCUCCGCCUGGCGUGCCAUUAUCGGCGGUGUACUUCCUCCUCUUUUCCUGUACCUUGAGCGGCUCUACGCAUCUGUCCAGCCGGUGCAGCUCACACUCGAGGGUGUGAUUACAGCGUUCAUCGAGCUUCACCCGCCGGUCGCGCACUGGGCCGAGCUGGAGCGGGUGCAGGGCCCUAUGCUGCGCGAGCAUAUAAUACAGUGCAUGGACGCAUACGGCCUUUUGGCAAUAGAACACAGCGCAUGGGCCGCUCAGCAGGGACCAGUAAAGCCAGACGAUAUCGUGCACGGCGCGAGCACCGACGUGCUUCAGUAUAUGCAGCGGGUGGAAACACAAAUUGAAGCACGGGGAGCACUCGCACCGCUUGCUGUACAAGCCUCGACAGAUCCCACUCGCCAAUUGUGCUUUGCACACGUAAUUACAAAAAAGCUUUUGGCGUGGGCCGCCGGCGGAGCCGAGAUGGAACGUGUUGCAGCGCUCUGCGACGCACUUGCUCAGCGCGGCGUUUGCGAUGCGUUGCUACUCUACUGUACUCGUGGGAUGCUGACUAGGACAUUGCUUCUUAUUAUCGAGCAGCUGAACGAAUCGCAAUGGCAGGAUGGCGUCGCACUGGAGUGGAUCGCCGACGUGCUUUUGCUUACACAGCGGCUAGCAAAAGGCGACAUGGCGGCGUGUCUUGCCGCAGCGCCGCAAUCGAUGCGGCUUUUUUUGCUGCACGACAAAACGCCUGUCGUAGUUGGCGGAGCACUCUGCGACUCGAGCGGAGCACUUCUGGAGCGCUGGUGUGCCGCACUGGUCGGUUCCGAUGGAGUCUCGGACGAGCUGUUGCAGGCUUCUUCGCCGAAGACAAUGUACCAAUUGGCGCCCGCGAUAACCUACCUGCUCAUCGAGGCGCACGCAUUGAAAUUGAUUGAUAAGAGCGCGCUUCACUCGGCACUCUCGUAUUUUUUGCAGGCACCUCUGCGGUAUACCCUCCCUUGCAUCCUAUUUUGGCUUAUGCAGCAAGUUCGCCGCUCACUGGCCACGGCGGUGUACCUACAACUCGCUGACGUGCAUCUGGAAAUGCUGCUGGCACUGUUUCGCGCUGCAUCAUUCCCGGAUACGGUUCGCACGAUUCUACGUGAGCCUAUGCUUGAUCUACUGCAACACGAACGCAUUGCAUCGCAUCCUGACGCAGCACCAAUCCAUGCGCAGUUAGAGCAGGCAGCGCUGCCGCGCCCGAUAGUAUGGCCUUGCGGCGCCCUGGAAAAGGCAAUUGCUUUUAACGCACAGUACGAGCGCCAUGCAGCCGAUGCUGCAUUGGUGUACACUGGCGACUUGGGAAAUAGGACGUACUUGGCACUGGCGGCGAUCCAGCACAUGGAUACGAAAUCUACGCGACUACUUGCGGCAGUGCUAGCCAUGGCGUUGCCGCAGCCGCCGUUACAGUGGAGCACAUCUCAUCUCGCUAUCCUCAUUGUACGUGCUUGGAAUACUGCUGCCGCGACGCACAAAGAGAUCCAAAACAUGGCGCACGUCAUGGUGGCCAGCGCUGUCUUGGCAUGGCAGAUGCGCGACGGAGUCGCAGCUGUGCAGCUACUGGCCGAAACACUAGCUAAUAUUGCUGACCACUCCCCCCCUUCCGUACAACGUGAGAUUCGCGUGGAAUUGUGCGCGCCAUUGUACAAAGUAGCUGGCACUGGUCCGUAG